UGCACUGGCAGGUACGACCAAAACGCUGGUGUAUUGUGUGAUGAAAACACUAAGACUGAAAUGUACAAGCGGAGCAGAACAGCCAAGAUCGCUUACAAGUGGUCGAAAAAUCCUGAACUUAGGGAAGAGGCAAGUUUUGUGGGUUGCAGCGAUGAAGACCAGGUCACAGACAAUGAGAUCUGCACUGUGGCCUCUGCAAGAGUUGACUCAGGGGGAAGAGAGUCCACAUCCAGAUCUGGACUUGAUAAAACUGAAGAAACCUUUACAGUGGACGAGGCACUGGAGGCCAUCGGCUUUGGAAAGUUCCAGUGUAAAAUCUUUCUCCUCACUGGACUGUCAUGGGUAGGAGACGCCAUGGAGAUGAUGAUCCUCAGUAUCUUGGGCCCCCAGCUGCAUUGUGAGUGGAGGCUGCCCAGCUGCAAAGUGGCUCUCAUAACAUUGGUGGUGUUUCUCGGGAUGGGGUUUGGUUCACCUCUAUGGGGGAAUGUGUCAGACAAGUAUGGCAGAAAAGUAGGUCUGAUGAUUUGUAUGUGCUGGUCUCUGUACUACAGCCUGUUGAGUGCCUUUGCUCCAGUGUAUGGCUGGCUCUUGGUCCUGCGGGGCCUCACAGGCUUUGGCAUCGGAGGAGCUCCUCAGUCGGUGACACUGUGCUCAGAAUUCCUCCCAGUGAAGUCAAGAGGCACCUGCCUCAUGAUGUUUUCGGCAUUCUGGGCAAUUGGUUCUGUGCUAGAGGUCCUCUUGGCAUUGUGGACAAUGCCCACUCUUGGCUGGAGGUGGCUGACCGGCCUGUCCACUAUACCAGCGACAAUCUUUGUUUGCGUCUGCUUUUGGCUGCCUGAAAGUCCUCGUUUUGACGUGCUGGCGGGAAAACCAGAGAAAGCUGUGGCAACGUUAACACGCAUAGCCAAAGAGAAUGGCAAGGCCAUGCCAGAAGGGAAGAUUAUUGCCCAUAUACAGAAUGACCGUGGGUGGAUCAAAGAUCUCUUCACUCCUCAGUAUUGGAGAACUACUCUUCUUCUGUGGUUUAUAUGUUUUGCAAAUGCCUUCUCCUAUUAUGGAAUAGUCCUGUUGACUACUGAGCUGUUCCAAACUGGACGUUCAUGUGAGGCGACCGAAGGUGCCAAGAUUGAACCGAGCUGUAGUGUGAAAUGCAAAUAUUUGACAUCAGCUGAUUACAAAGACCUUUUAUGGACAACCAUGGCUGAAUUCCCAGGUCUUUUUGUUAUCCUUCUGGCAGUUGACCGUAUUGGCAGGAAGAAGAGCAUGGCUCUGUGUUUCUUCGGGUUUUCUUUGUGCAUUCCUCCCUCAGUUGCUUGUAUUGGGAGGACAGCUCUUACAAUCUUCAUCUUUAUUGCCAGAGCCUUCAUCACUGGAGGAUACCAAGCUACUAUUGUUUACACAACAGAGGUGUUCCCUACAGAAAACAGAGCCUUAGCAAUGGGGAUUUCCAGUGGGAUGUCCAGGUUGGGUGCCCUGAUUACCCCCUUUGUGGCACAGGUGGUGCUCAGGACAUCACAGUAUUUGACCGUGUCGGUGUACUGUGGCUGUAGUCUGCUGGCUGGUGUUGCAUGCUUGAUCCUGCCCAUUGAGACAUUGGGCAGGGGUCUGCAGGAGUCCAAUCUUGACCAGGAGGCCGGAGAGCAGACCACCACCACAACCAGCCUGUCAAAUAGUACAACACACUCCUCGGACCAGAAGUAGAUCAGCGAGGAGGAAUGAAAGAAAAUGGAACAGAAAGAAUAUUUUGUAAACUCCCAGGCUGCUGCAGACUCCACAGUUGCCUGUUUAACUAUGGACUGAAUCCUCUGAGCGAUGAUGGGUGAAGAACAACAGGGGACAAUCACAUUACAGGCAGGGAGUGAUAAUUGAGGGUAGGCCUACUUCCCAUGUCUAAUGAGAGCGGAAGCACACUCUCUUCCAUCUAGGUCGUGAGAAGCAACAGAGGGACAUUUUGGAAAAUGAUGAUGCACUGUGCAGGCUCUGCUUAGAGCUACACAGUUCAAGCCUUGCCCUCAAGAGACUGAGGAUUUUGGAUAAAAAUGACUUAUUGUAUGAAGCCACAUGCCUUUUACUAAUUAAAGUUGUUCAGUCUGC